CCGCGCCGUGCGUGACGGCGCUUCCGGCUGCGGACGUGGCUCGGCGCCGCCAUCUUGUGCGGCUGCCCGAGGGACGCGGAGGGACGCGGAGGGACGGAGCGCCGAGCCCCGCGCCGCCGCCGCCGCCAUGGUGCUCUUGGCAGCAGCCGUGUGCACGAAGGCAGGAAAGGCCAUCGUGUCCCGGCAGUUCGUGGAGAUGACGCGCACCCGCAUCGAGGGGCUGCUGGCGGCGUUCCCCAAGCUCAUGAACACGGGGAAGCAGCACACGUUUGUGGAGACGGAGAGCGUGCGGUACGUCUAUCAGCCCAUGGAGAAGCUCUACAUGGUGCUCAUCACCACCAAGAACAGCAACAUCCUGGAAGAUCUGGAAACACUCCGACUCUUUUCCAGAGUGAUCCCUGAAUAUUGUCGAGCUCUGGAGGAGAACGAGAUCUCUGAGCACUGCUUUGACCUGAUUUUUGCCUUUGAUGAGAUUGUUGCCCUGGGCUACCGUGAGAACGUCAAUCUGGCCCAAAUUCGGACCUUCACUGAGAUGGAGUCACACGAGGAGAAGGUGUUCCGAGCAGUCCGAGAGACUCAGGAGCGCGAAGCAAAAGCUGAGAUGCGCCGUAAAGCCAAGGAGCUGCAGCAAGCCCGGAGGGACGCAGAGAGGCAGGGCAAGAAGGCGCCUGGGUUCGGCGGCUUUGGGAGCGUGGCCGUGUCCGGGGGCACGACGGCGACCAUGAUCACGGAGACCAUCAUUGAGACGGAGAAGCCCAAAGUGGCUCCAGCGCCUGCCAGGCCCUCGGGUCCCAGUAAAGCCUUGAAACUUGGCGCUAAGGGGAAGGAGGUGGACAACUUCGUAGACAAGCUGAAAUCGGAGGGAGAAAAUAUCCUGACUGCUGUAGGGAAGCGCUCCACAGAAGCAGCCAAAGUUCUUGCUCCUCCUGUUAACAUGGAGAGUGUGCACAUGAAAAUAGAGGAGAAAAUCUCCCUGACUUGCGGCCGCGACGGAGGGUUGCAGAGCAUGGAGCUGCACGGCAUGAUCAUGCUGCACAUUGCCGAUGAGAAGUUUGCUCGGAUUCGCCUGCAUGUGGAAAAUGAGGACAAGAGGGGAGUGCAGCUACAGACUCACCCAAAUGUGGACAAGAAGCUCUUCACUACAGAAUCGCAGAUUGGUUUGAAGAACCCAGAGAAGUCAUUCCCUAUUAACAGUGACGUGGGGGUGCUGAAGUGGAGGUUGCAGACCACAGAGGAGUCCUUCAUUCCAUUGACAAUUAACUGCUGGCCAUCAGAAAGCGGCAGCAGUUGUGAUGUUAACAUUGAAUACGAGUUGCAAGAGGAGAGCCUGGAGCUGAACGAUGUGAUCAUCACCAUCCCCUUGCCGUCUGGUGUCGGUGCUCCAGUGAUUGGGGAGAUUGACGGUGAGUAUCGCCACGACAGCCGGAGAAACCUCCUCGAGUGGUGCCUGCCAGUGAUAGAUGCCAAAAACAAGAGCGGCAGCCUGGAGUUCAGCAUAGCAGGGCAGCCAAAUGACUUCUUCCCAGUGCAAGUCUCCUUCAUCUCCAAAAAGAACUAUUGCAACAUACAGGUUACCAAAGUGACCCUGGUAGACGGGAACAGCCCCGUCAGGUUUUCUACUGAGACCACCUUCCUGGUGGACAAGUACGAGGUGCUGUAACGCACCCGCGGGGCCCGCAGCGGAGGCAGGUUUUUUAAAUUUAAGAAAAAAAGAAAAAGAAAAAAAAAAAAGAGGCCGAAGUUGAUUGUGAAUGUUGGGAAUGUGGGAAUGCCGCAGCCCCCCCGCGGAGGAAGACGCGUGGCUCUGCUGCCUGCAGCGCUCCCAGGGCACAGACACUUUUGGCAGAGAAUUGAUGUGCUCACGGGGGGAAAGGCUACAAAUUUCUUUGGCAGAUUUUCACCGGCCGGCAGGAAAGCGCCACCUCCACCACAGGGAGCCUGCCUUUGACCCGUCCCCCCUGGAGCCGCCUGGCGCCCAGUCCCAGCGCCCACCAGCCAUCGUCCUCUCCCGGCUGAAGCAUCACGUGCCGAUCCCUUCUUGGUGCUGCUGCCAUUUUAAUUUCUCCUCGACCUUCAACUCCUGUUUCUGUUGGUGAAAGCUGGCGUUAAGAUGACGUGCGUGGGGUGCCUGGCUCUUCCAGACCCCCCGUCUGGUGCCAGCAGAGCAAUUUGGCUGCAGUUCUGAGUGAGGGGGUCUGGCAGAGGAGAAGGUCACGGUGCUCGGUCCUUCUGCCCCGCACAGUUGCUGCUGCCCUUGCAGCUGGGCUCGCCUCUGGCUCAGAGAGGGCUCCAUAGUGGCACAGGCCACACUUUGGCAUGUUCCUGCUGCUGAUGGAGAGCAUCCAGAGGGACUGUCUCUGUGCACAGGCUCACUGUCCGCUGCAGCUCCUCUUGGGCCAGGCUUUGGAGGUGGUGUAGGUUAGAACCAGCUGCAUGUCCUUCCUGCGGCUCUUUCGGUGCCAGGGGAAGGCCUCGGUGCAUGGAGCUGUGGAUGCUGGGUUGCCCACGUGGUCACAGAAAGGGAGCACUCUGAAGGCUCACACACCGCAUUCCUGGGAGCACCUCUGCGAGCGCGUCUCUGUUCCCUGGGGCCCUCUGCCGAAGAAGUUCGUGGUCUCUCCUCUGUUGGCAGCACCCGCGAGGGAACCAUCCCUCAUCCCGGCCCUGGGAGGGUGGGACAGCAAACGCUGUUCCUAGGAAAGCAAAGUAGGUGGCAAAUCCCAUUAGCUCGGUCCUGGUGGAGAGCUGCUUUUCCGUAUGAUGUUAAAAUGGAGUCGAGGGUAGUUCGGAGCUUUUUCUUCUUUUUUUUUCCCCUGGAAUUGUUUGGAGGGUCACAGUGAAGCCGAGCCGGGAUCCCCUUUUGUAACCCUCUACUGGCCUAGGGACUAGAGCACAUUCCAGUGUACACAAAUACGAGUCUUUAACCCAAUAAAGAGUUCUGUCGGAGGA